UGGAGGGGGGGGCAAGAGCAGCUCUGCAAAAUCUGUGUGCAAAAUGCGACCUCUGUCUUCUGUGCAUCUUGUGUGUGUCUGUGUGUGUCUGUGUCUUGCAAAGGCGAGGGGGAGCGGGCCGGAAAGGAGAGGAAGGUCUGUCUGUCAGAGCAACGCGUAAUUAUGGAGCAUCUUCUGAGCCCCGGGAGUCAAAUGACUUGUUGCUGUUUUUUCCCGAUCCCCCCCCCCCCCCGCAAAUAUUUAUAAUUGUGCACGAAGGCGAAGAGGACUGUAUGAUGAUGAUUUUUCAAAACAUUCUUCUUCAGUGUAGAUCGAGCGAUUCAAGGCAAUAUAUAUGAAAGCAUAAGUCAGGUGUUUUUUUUUAAAGCAAGGAAUCUGCUUUCUUGGGUGUUCAAUUGAUUAGUCAGUCCUCCCCCCCCCCCGCCCUCAUUCUUUGAAACUGACAGGGGCUUGUCAUAGUUGCAGUUUCCAACAGUCUCCCAUGCAAGAUGUAUGCAAGGAAACCCACGAUUAAAGAUCUCUCUGAAUGCGAACGCAAGGUUUUUCUGGCAUGGCACACAUUGCAUUUGAAAACGCAGGGCUUAAAUUACUUUGACAGGUUCUGCUAUGGACUCGGGAAGGAGCACAGAGAGAGAGAGAGAUGAAAUUAAGAUCUCUUUAUUUCGCCCAGGGCCAAAAAAACACUUCUUGUGAAGCUGGCCUUGGUUUCUUGCUGCUUGCUUCCCUUUCCCUUUUAAAACUCCCUGAUCCACCCCUUCCAGGCAACCCCUUUCUUUUCCUCCAAGACCCCCCCCCCUCGAUUCUUAAGGAACCGGUGGAUCAAGUUUUCUCUCGUCUAGUUAAUCGCAUUGCUUGUCGCUUUGGCUGACCUCUCUCUCUCUCCCUCUCCCUCUCCUUUUUGUUCUUCAUCUUUCCUGAAAGUACGUGCCAUUCCAACAAGACCAUCCUGGGGAAGGGGGAGGAAAAAAGCACUGCACUUUGACUAUGGAAGCAGAGGCUACUGAUGGAUACAUGCCAUGUGACAAUGAACUUUCGCCCGAAAGGGAACACUCCAAUAUGGCAAUUGACCUCACCUCAAGCACCCCCAAUGGGCAGCAUACCUCACCAAGUCACAUGACAAGCACAAAUUCCAUAAAGCUAGAAAUGCAAAGUGAUGAUGAGGAUUCUGACAGGAAGCCCCUGAGGCGGGAAGAUGGGAUCAGGGGUCAUAAUGAAGGGAGCAGCUUGGAAGAGCCCCUUACUGAGAACCACGAGAUGGUGGAGAACAGAAAAAUGCAGGAGCUGUCAGGCGAGGGAGGAAUCCGGCUUCCGAAUGGUAAACUGAAAUGUGACGUCUGUGGCAUGGUUUGCAUUGGUCCCAAUGUGCUUAUGGUACAUAAAAGGAGUCACACUGGUGAACGUCCCUUUCACUGUAACCAAUGUGGAGCUUCCUUCACACAGAAGGGGAAUCUACUGAGGCACAUCAAAUUACACUCUGGGGAGAAACCGUUCAAAUGUCCCUUCUGUAGCUAUGCUUGCCGGAGAAGGGAUGCCCUCACAGGACACCUCAGGACGCACUCGGUGGGUAAACCUCACAAGUGUAACUACUGUGGACGGAGUUACAAGCAACGCAGCUCUUUGGAGGAGCACAAGGAACGCUGUCACAACUACCUUCAGAAUGUCAGUAUAGAGGCUGCUGGGCAAGUCAUGAGUCACCACGUAUCUACUAUGGAAGAUGGUAAGGAGCAAGAUCCUGGGAUGGACAACAAUGUUACUCUGGUGCCUUUUGAAAGACCUGCUGUUAUAGAGAAGCUGACAAUCAACAUGGGAAAGCGUAAAAGCUCCACCCCACAGAAGUUUGUGGGCGAGAAGCUCAUAAGAUAUGGUUACCCUGAUAUACAUUUUGACACGAACUUGCCCUAUGAGAGAGAUACUGAGCUGAUGCAGACUCACAUGAUGGACCAAGCGAUCAACAAUGCAAUUUCUUACCUUGGGGCAGAGGCACUUCACCCACUGAUUCAGCACACGCCAAGCACAAUUGCUGAUGUCGCACCCGUCAUAAGUUCAGCUUAUGCUCAGGUCUACAACCCAAACAGGAUAGAAAGACCAGUGAGCAGAGAAACUACUGACAGCAACGAAAACAACAUGGAUGGCCCCAUCUCCCUCAUCAGACCAAAGAGUCAGCCCCAGGAAAGAGAGGCUUCUCCCAGCAAUAGUUGCCUGGAUUCCUCUGACUCGGAGAGCAGCCACGAAGACCACCAGUCCUACCAGGGAAACCCUGCCUUAAAUCCCAAAAGGAAGCAAAGCCCAGCUUACAUGAAGGAGGACUCCAAGGCUUUGGAUGCCACGAAAGCUUCUAAGGGCUCUUUAAAGGAUAUCUACAAAGUCUUCAAUGGAGAAGGAGAGCAGAUAAGGGCCUUUAAGUGUGAGCACUGCCGAGUUCUUUUCCUAGACCAUGUCAUGUACACCAUCCACAUGGGGUGUCAUGGCUAUCGGGACCCCUUAGAAUGCAACAUUUGUGGCUACCGGAGCCAGGACCGCUAUGAGUUCUCCUCACACAUUGUUCGAGGGGAGCACACGUUCCACUAGGCCUUCUCUUCCAAAGGGGACUCUGAGGUGGGGGGGCGGGGACCCGCAGACACUGCACAUGAAGAAAUACUGCACUUACAAUUCCACUUUUCCUCAGACAUUGACACACCUUUUGUUGUUGUUGUUAUUUUUGUUGCUUCUUUUUUUAAAAAAACUUUAUUUUUGUUGUUAACCUUACUGGACCCAGUCUCACUCGGUACCAGUGGUAAGAUGGUAAGGAAGAAAGGAAGGAAAUAAGGAAGGCAAGGGACCAGAGUAGUUCUGUUGUUAUUGUUGCUUUUGCUCUGAAAACUGGUGUUAACUGUUUCAGUGGAAAUCGAAAGGCAGUCCAUUUCUGUCAGCUUUUCCCCCUCUGUACGUUUUGUAAUACCUUGGGUACUGCUGAACCUCUACUAGGUGCUCUAACAUCUUAGCAAAUUGUCAGCUUUUGGUAAACAAUUUCAGGUAAACACAUUUCAGAGGAAAGCCCUUUCAAAUAUGUAGAUACAUUUUGGGGGUUGAGAAUUGGGAGUGGAAUAUUAUUUUGCAAAAUUGUCCAUCGUGGGUGUGGGGAGGUUUAGUAUCAAGCUAACCCACAUUCUUUAGAUUUAGGAGCACAAGCAAAAUAUCAUUAUUCACUCAGACAUUACUCCCUAGAGUGAACUACUUUCCUUGGGGUUCUGUAUUGCUUUUCUUGAAUAUAAAUGAAAUGCUUAGGUUUAAUACUGAAACAAUAAAAUAGAAGCUUGAUUUUAUAUUUAUGACAAGACAUCCUGCAGGACACUUGGAAGUCCUACAAUAUUAUUUUACUCAUCCUGACAUGCACUUUUAAAACAAAGGGCAAGAGAAUCACUGAUAUGUUCUUGUGUCAUAAAUAUUAAUUUCCCAGCUUCAUCCAGGCACUUAAUUAGUUGGGCCCUGUGUACAAGGAAAGAUAUUUUCAAAUCUAGUGGAGUUCUAUGCAUGUUUACUCAGAAGUAAGCCCCGCUGAGUUAAGCUGGAGUUUCCUUCCUAGUAAGUGUGCUUAGGAAUGCAGUUUUAGGGGUGCAAAUGUCCAGUUUUAUGUAACAUAUUCUGCUGCUUAACAGUCUUGGGCAUACUAAUCAGAAAUGCAUUUUAACGAUGGAAUGCUUCUAUUUUUCAUUUUAUUCUCUGCAGUGUUAAUUGCCUCAACCGGCCUCUAAAAUUAGACUUAUAGUUAGCAGAACACCAGAGAUUGGGGAUGCUUUAUGUCAGGCAUCCCCAAAUUUCGGCCCUCCAGAUGUUUUGGACUACAAUUCCCAUCUUCCCUGAUCACUUGUCCUGUUAGCUAGGGAUCAUGGGAGUUGUAGGCCAAAACAUCUGGAGGGCCGCAGUUUGGGGAUGCCUGCUUUAUGUCAUUCCAAAUACUGUGUAGCAGUUGGCGGCGCUGCUUAUCUGACCUCCUGCCACUGCUGUUGCUGUCGUGUACUGGAGGGGUGAGGUGGUGGCAAGAUCAGUGUGGUGCAAACACACCAGCAGGAGAACCAGAUUGGCUCCACCAUUGCAUCCCCCCUCCCACUCCUGGUAUGUCCUAGCAACUGCAGUGACAGAAACAGUGGCGGAGAGGAGGGCAAGCGCGCUGCUCCCAGGGAUGUGGCACACGUUUUAGGGGCAGGGCAGGGCACGCGCUUUGGGGGCGGGGCACGCUGCGCUCAGGGGCAUUGCACACAUUUGGGGGCAGGGCGCGCCGCGUGCAGGGGCGGGGCGUGUGUUUGGGGGUGGGGCGUACCGCCUGCAGGGGCAGGGCGCACAGCGCGGGCGGGAGACAGCCGCGACGGCACCCUUGGGAUCGCGCUGCCCGGGGCGGCACACCCUCACGCUACUGGACAGAAAGUCUGGGAAGCAGCCCCACCCCUCCAACCUGAUCUUACUGCAGUUGUGGUUGAUUCAUGUUUCAGUUAACAUUUCUAGUUUACGUACGCAAAGAUUUCCAGAGAAUAUUAGAACUACUUCACACAUGGCAUUUCUUCCACACAAAUUUUGGGGUGGGGUGGGGCAUUUCCAUGUUUUGUAAAAAAUUAACAAAUGUCUAUUUUGCCACAAGUAAACAUAUGAAACCCAUGGUAUGUGGUUUCCAUCGAUCUAGCCAUAAUAAAAUAGAUACUUGUUUCAUGAAUGACAGUAUAUGUAAGGAUAAAUGGAAUUCCUACAACAUACAGGAAAACAAUCGUGUGUGAAGCAGUCUAAAUUCCCUCUUCUCUCUCCCUCUCUAGUGUCUUUCUCUCUCACACACAAACGUUUCCCAUCUUGUUGGUGUGUACUUGGGAGUUCGCAGCCAGUUGUAAAUUCUGCUCACAUUUACAAAUGAGAGAUACUGCCCUCAUAUUGUUAAAAUGACCAUUCAUUUCAAGCUAAAAUAUAACUAAGUCAAGAACCCCAAUUUAUCUGGAGGAUGAUUUCUUGACUGGCAACUGACUUCAGUGUCUAGUUAAUUCCCUGAUCAUUAGCAAAUGAGAGAUUAAAGUAAAUUAAGAGAUUACAAAUCGUGAGGUUGUGUAAAUGAGCCCUCCCUUGACUGUACUUAGGUGAGCUAGAUUCUGGACUUUUAUUUUUAAUAGGUUUGUGGGUUUUUUUGCUUAGAGAUACUGUUUUGCUUUUAAAAAAACAACAGCGGCUACCUCACUUUUUUUUUUUACAUCCUUAGUUGUUUUCCCAACCUUUGGGUUGAGAUGUUUGCACAUCUUGUUGGUAAACGAAGAGAGUAGUUAAAAGUGGUGCAUGCAAUUGAAUUAGAUAAGGUUUUAAGGUUGUUUCUUAAAUCUUGAGCAGACUAUUUAUGGUUCUUUGUUUUUAUAUAUUUUUCUUCAGCCUAUUAGAAUAAACACAAGGUAGUCAACUCAUUCAGUUUUAAAAAGUAUCUGAAGAGUGAAUCCUCUCGUAUUACAAGGUGAGAAGGAUGGGCAACUGUCUUCUUAGUUUGCUUUAUGUGGGUCCACAGCAGCAUAGCUUCAAACUCAAAAUGCCCCUUAUGGUGGUUACAAGUGGAAGUAGUUAUGAAUCUUAGAAAUGUGUUUUUAGACAUGUUUAUGAGCCAUCUGACUAAAAUCAAAAGGGUGACUCUUGUCACCUACGUGCUCAUCUGGUAGGCUCUUCUAUGCCUCUCUGGUAGGAGCACUUGGUUGUGUUGCUUUGCUUACCUUUCCAGGUCUGCAGCAAUAGCAGAAAGGAACUGCGUGAUUUAAGAUUUCCUCCAGGAAACAUGUUUGGCUGGUUCAAUCUAUGUUUCAAGGGUAGAGUAUUCUGCAGUUGUUAUGCAGAAGCUACUAAAAGUUUCAUUAAUAAACUCGUCUAUAAUGCAGGAAGAAAUAUUGAUGUGAUGUAAGGAUUUCCUGGCAGGAAAUCUUAGAGCAAAAUGGGGAGUUCUGAUCACAUUUGUAUAGUUGGCCUCUUAAUUUUUACUUAAUCUUUUAUUCUAGGAUGAAAAAUUACUAUGUCAAAGCCCUGAAUUAUCCAGGGGCUCUUUUAUUGACUGACAGCUCACUUUGACUCAUGAUUCCUCCCUUAAGCAUAUUUUAAAUGAGAGUUUAAAUUAAUUAAGAGGUUCUUAUUUUCAUAUUGUGAUAGUGUAAACAAAUUUUCAUUUUUUUACUGAUCUACUUUUACAAUAGACCCACACACCCACACCCAAAUUGCUCUUUGGCAGCUUGGCAAUCGGGCAAAAGGCUUUUCAUAAUGAAAAAGCAACCAGUUCCUUCUGUUUCCACUCUUCCCUCAAAAAAAGUCGCUCAGAAAACAAAACAAAACAAUGGGUGCACACUUGAAACAUACUCUUUGGAUUCCAGUUCCUGUCUUUUUCAACCGAAUGGUUUUAUAAUCUCACUUUGUCCUUGUAAUUUGCAAUCAUGGUACAGGCAAAGCUCAGGAAAGACCACUAACUCUCUUCCUUCUUGCUCUCAGCCGUGCAGGUCACAUCCUGAAUGACUAUUUCCCCCGCUCCCCCAAGCUGAAAAGCUUCCAUGCCUGAAGGGAGCUGUCAAAAAGCUGUUCACAAAGAUGACUAUUGAAAGUAAAGUUGUGUCCGCACCGAAUCAGCCCCACCAUUCCAUUGCAUGGUAUCAUGUACACUUCCACAGUUGUUGGAAGAACUCAGAGAGCAAGAAUUAGGUCUUUGGGGGGGGGGGGCGGGCAGCUCUAGCAUGCUUUUGGCUUCCCAUAGAAAUGUGUCCAUCAGCAUCCUUGAAGGGUUUCAGAAGGACAGGGUGUGAGAUCCUGGAUUGGGGCAUAUGUUGCCAGGAACUCCUCUAUCAAAUUGGGCUAUAUGAGGCAGUUGGGGAAGUGUCAUUCCUGCUUAUUAACGUUAGAGGUGAAAGUAAAGGGGCAUUGCUUUCUGUACUGGUCAGUUUUCAAUAAGCGAAAUUAUUUGCUGAAGAAAAAACAGUAUUUUUGAUAUUUGUCUUCCUGGCAUAGCAAUAUCAGAAAACCUUUGUUUUAUAUUUGUUCUAUUUGGCUCUGUGUCAGUGCUGAUUUAGCCACAGAACUGUGAGUCCAUUGACCUUAUAUAUCCCAGCCUUGUCAAAUGCAGGCAUCCUGACACCUUCUGCACAUAAAGAAGUCAUUAUAUUGGCAGUUUGAACAGUGGGAGGUAACCACAAGUCCAGGGGUUUUAGGGGGGGAAGGGGAUCUAUUCAGAUAUCUUAAUUCUCCUGGAAUGAAUGACCAAAUCUACAAAUUAUAUGGGGAUACUUUUUAAGUAUCAUGUAAACUGAACAUUUGCUGAAACUCAUACAAUGCCUAGAUGAUUCAUAUCUGAUAAUGUUCAAUUCUGAAAUUGAGCAGGCAUUUUCUGCAAGUCUUUAAGGAGUAAUAUAUAUUACUGCCUCUGUUACCUUUUCAAGAUUUUCUCAAUCAUUUUGCAUUUAUCACACACUCAUUCACACAAUGCAUCUCCCAACAAGUAUUUAUUGGCAUGUUUUAAACAGUGAGGGUUUAGAUUAAAUUAUAUUCAAUAUUCUUAAAAUAAUAAAGUGUAUUGAUUAGAACAGUGUGAAGUAUUGGUGCGAGAACAAUGAUUAAAGAAUUCAAUGUGGUAAACUUGUAUUCUGCAAUGUUUUAAUAAGGCUGCAGUCCUUAAAAACAUAUUGGAAUACUUUGGUUGACGGGUCGGCUGAGCUCAGAGGCACUAAUUGUGGCUUGCAGCUUGGCAGCAUAUAAAGUGAAAUCUUCAGUAUGGUCAAAAUAAGGGUGAAAUGGGCUUGUAAAAAGAAGAAAUUGAAUUUGAAUCUCCAUCAGUAUGAAAUCAGCAUAAUUAUUUUAAAAUUUAGGUUGCUAUAGGUUCUAUGUCAAGCUUGAAAUUCGAAGGUCUCUGGCAGUUUUCAAGAGUCAAAAUUGCCCACAAUUUAAGUUCAAUUGAUUACUUGGCAUUAACAUAAUGGAGGAAGGGGAAAUCACUUAGGAGAUUUUUGUUUUUAUUAAUAACAAUGCUUUGAAACUGGGAGAUCUUUCUGUUUUCCAAACAGGGCAUGCUUCUAUUGUGAAAGUAAAACAAAAUGGAAAUGCUUCUAUUGAUUCUGAUUGGAUGGUUCAAUUUUAAUUUGGCCUUUAAACUCAGUAAAACCCUUGAAAAAUUAAUUACAUUUCACCUAAACGAAAACUUCAAACUGACAGAAACCUAACCUUAGGCUGCUUAGAAUGACAGGCUAUGAAGUAUACACAUUUAACUGACAUUAAGACCCAUUGAACUCAAUGGAACUUACUUCUGAGAAGGCUAUGUAAGAGUGGACAGUUAAAUGGCUGCUUAGAGAUACAAAAAUAUGUUUUGUUACUUCACUCAUUUUUCAUUCACUUGUUUUGUAUUGGGUCUUGACAGUACAAAUUAGCAAUUUCCCCAGAGUUUUGGCUUUUGAUUGGCAGCAAACCCUUAGUGUGUUGAAUUUUCCAAGAACCUUCUUAAAACCUUGUAUGCCUACCCAUGGAUUCUGGGGCAUGUUCCAGUGGUGCAUGCAAUUUAUGUUAUGCAUUGACCAAGCCUGUUGACCCUCACAGUUGGCCUUCUUGGACUGAAAUUGUGGUCUAGAACACACGUACAACAGCUACGGGCAUGUCCAACAGGUCAAUUGUGAACCCUACUGGUCAAUCUUUACAACCCCCCCCCAAAAAAAGCUCAACAACACUUGCUCCCUAUAAAAAGCUCAACAACUUUGGUUUCCUAAAAAAAACAACUCUGACAAUGGGUAGAUCACUGCCAGUUGUCUUAUACUGUGAGUAGAUCACAGUCUCUUGGGAGUUGGGUGUGCCUGCUGUAGAGGAAGAGGAGCAAUGGUGGUCAAACUUGUCUUUCAAUGGCCUUCCAUUCAGGAAACCCUGCAAUCAGAUGCUCAGUAGGGUUCCAUGGAGCACUGUUUGAAACUCCUUCUCAUAAGCUUUUUUUAUUUGUUGGAAGCCACCCAGAGUGGCUGGGGCAACCCAGUCAGACAGGUGGGGUACAAAUAAUAAUAAUAACAUCAUCAUCAUUAUUAUUUCUGGUAGAGUGUUACAAAGUGAGGGUGUUUUUUUUAUUGAAAGUUGCAUGCCAUGUGGGGAAGCCUCUUGCAAUAGAGAUGGAAUGUGGUGUCUGUGCUAGCUUCAGAGGAACUAGAUUGCAAGAAAGUUUGCCUUGGAGUGGUGGUGGGGAUUUUAGAGUUACAUAGAGGGGAGGGGAACCCUGAAGGUUAGAGAUUUACUGUUUGCUACCUGGGACACAAUAUGGAUAGAAUCCAAUGUAGCUCUAAGUCUCUUGUUCCAGUGCAAGGAUUUCACCUUGUGCAAAUGCUUUCUCCCUCUCCUACCCCUGCUUGCCCCCGAAAAUCUGAUCUAGGGAUUUCUGUGCAAGCAUAAGCAUGGUAGCUGAACACCACCAUAAAUACUUAUAUAAGAAAUUAAGUUAAACACCAACCCAAAACCAAUAGCUUCAAGUUACAAGAAAGGAGAUUAUGACUAAACAGCAGACAUAACUUUCUUUCAUUAAGAGAUGUUCGAUAGUGGAAUGGUCUCCUUUGGGAGGUGGUGGACUCUCCGUCCUUGAAAGUUUUAAAGCAGAGGUUGAAUGGCCAUUUGUCAUGGAUGCUUUAGCUGUCAUUCCAGCAUUGGAGGGGACUAGAUGACCCUCAGAAUCCCUUCCAACUCUACAAUCCUAUGAUUCAAGAAUGAUUUAUAAAUUCAAAUUGUAAUUCCUAAAAAUAGAAAAAUGGGUUUAGAAAUAGGCAAUAGGGUUAGAAAGCCAGUUUUGGUGCCAAACAUUUUAUUUCUCAAAAUUAAAUUCUAUGGUCCCAGUCCCUCCAGGGGGCUUCCUUCCUAGCCCAGUGCCUCCAGAACAGCCACCAGUACAUUAAGUGAAGCUGCAGCUGGAGUUGGCCUGCUCAUGAGCUUGCAUAGGAGAUUAUUGGCUCCCAAGGCUUGAGAACUAACCCACAAAACCAAAGUUGAAAGGUUGGGUUUUUGGAAACCAAUUGCAAAUAUUUGUGCUAAACAAUAUCUGGAUUUCAUUUUAAAAAUUUGGGGCGUGAUCCAGCCAACACGAAGCUCAUUGAAGCCCAGUUGAUUUCAGUGGGAAAUAUUUAGGGACCUAGCUCCCAUGAGAGCCAAGGGUGGAAUCAAGCCUUUGUUUUUCAGAUUUAUUUCUGCUGUACAGUAGAUAGUAGAACUUAAUGUUCAUGUCUGUGAGAGACUGUAACAAAAGAGAAGGAUUUUGGUUAUUUUUGUAGUAAUUCAAAUUUUGAAGCUGUGAUUACAGAUUUGACCUAUUACCAAGCACACUCAAAUCUUGACUAUAUUCAUGUUUCAUGUCACAUGUAGGAAUUUUCUCUCUGUUUUGUUUUGGUCUCAUGUAGUUUGUUUCCUGUAGCUUUGAGUUGUGUUGUUUUUCAUUUUUCAUUUGUUGUUGGUUGUACAGUCUGUUUACAUAUUUUUGUACUCAAGUGUAGUUUUGUAUUAAAAAAGAAAAAAGCAGUUGAUCUGAGAUAUAUAUAGAUAUAGAUAUAUAUAUACAGAUAUAUAGAGAGAGAUAUAUAAAGGUAAAUAAUCUUUGUAACUAUCAAACAUAGGUUACUUAGUGAUGGCAACGCUGUGGAAUCAUAAUACUGUAUAUUUGCCUUCCUUUAAAUUUUUGGUUGUGCAUUCUUUCUCUUAAAAUGUGUAUCUUUUUAUGACCGACUGGAAACUUUUCAUGCACAGCUGAUUAGAAAGAUUUAAAGUGUGUCACUUUCCGGAUGCUUUAAAAGAAAGGUUUUGUGUCUGUCCUAUUGCUGGGUAUGGUUUCUACCUGCCAAAUCUGCUCUUGAUGCUUCAUUCUCGAACUUGUUUUUAGAUUCUAGCCUGCUGCGUGCAGGCUUGGAUCCAUUAUUCAUACAAUUUAGUUUAAGAUGGGGUGUGGGGGAACCUGUCUGGCUGAUUGUCCCAUUCAUGUGCAAUACUUCCCCCCUUAAAAGUCUUAUGUUGCAUUAAAUAUUUGAAUUAUUACAUCAAAGUCUGAAGCAAACUUGUGAACAGAGAAGUAAAUUUCAAGUCUAUUUUUUUUAAAAAAACGAAAGUGGUUUUAAAACAACCUUCAGAGACCUGUUUCCACUUCAGUUCUUCUACUGAGGAGCCCCAGGCACACCUGCUGUUGAAAUCCAGGCGCAUUGUGCAGGUUUGUGGAGCACACUUAGUUCUUCUGGAGUAUUGGCUAGUCCUCUUGGACCUUACCAUUGCCUCUCUCUCUUGAACAGUGCAAUCCAAUGCGUGUCUAUUCAGGAGUAAGUCCUGCUAAGUUCAAUUUGGCUUGCUCCAAAGUAAACGUGCAUAGGACUGCAGCCUAAGACUAAGAAAAUUCCCAACUCUGACCUACAGAUGCACAAAGCAGAUCUGUGUGAUUGGUAUGCUGUCCUUCAAGGUUUUUUCCCCUGCCAUUCCUUGAAGGAGUCUCUGGAUCACAGUUGAAACAAGUCUGUUUUAGCAGAAACUUUUGUUCAGAACUCGAUGUGGUACAAUGGUUAAAAUAGGGUAGAAGUAUUCCAAAACUGCACCUUCCCAAUUCUUACUUUGCAGUGCAACAGUAGAUGCUGAGGAAAGGCUAGUGAGAACUACCAUUAAUUCAGUGGUGGGGAUGCAGCUGAGGGGGCCCCAAUUCUUUUUUGUGCUUUUCUUCAUAAGUGUGCCUUUGAGCAAUGCAGCCUCGGCAGGUUGCUUGUUAAGGCCAUGCAUGCAGUUUUGUUUCCUCCUAGGUAGGACUGCACUCUUUUCCUUGGGUAAGGCACUUAACAUUGCUAAUGUCCUCCCUCCCUGAAUGGGCCUCAUCCAGAGUUUGCAGAUGCCCAUUGAAAACGUCUUUUGGAUUGGAAAGUUCUGGGUUAGACUCAGAGCUCUUAGUGUAGGCUUUGUUGGUGGGAAAUUUGUUUCUGGAGAGCAGGGCAGGGCAGACAUGCUCGGACCAGGACAGCUGAUUUUGACUUCUCCUUGCCUUAUCUGUUGUGAUAGGACUUAUUUUAUAUAUCAUGCUUUAUUUAUAUAUCUAGUGUAUUUUAAUGCCUAUUUCUCAAUAGGUGGGAUCCGCUGUGCUGUAAAUAUGUAUUUAGGUACAGAAUGAAAAUCCUUGAAUUUCUUUGGGAAACUGUUACUGAGCAUGAAAACCACAUAGUGGUUGCUGGGGUUUUUUUUGGGGGGGGGAGUUAUGUGAGGGUUGUGUGUGUGUGUGUGUGUGUGAGAGAGAGAGAGAGAGAGAGAGAGCAUGUGCAAGAUUAGCAAAAUUAAUCUUGUAUUUUAAGCACUUGCCAAAAUAAAAGAAAGUUUAAGAAACAUUUUUUAUUUAAAGAUGUGAAGAGCAUUCAGAAGAGGGAGCCUCUCACCUGAUUUUAAAGUAUGUGUUUUUUAGAGCAAGCUGAAAAUCUCUGCUCAACUUUUAUUUCUGUUACUCCAUAAAGAUUUCCAUUUGAGUUUGACGGUUUAUUGGAGGGACAUCCAUCGGUUGUUGGGUUUCCUACUUAGUCAGGCCAAGGUCUGAAGUUCUCUGAAGGUCUUGAAGAUAGUGGGUCUUGCAACUGAGUAGUUAAUCUCUUAGCUUAAUAAAGAAGAUAAGAAACAGCAGGAACCAAUCCUACCUCUUGGAAGAGACUUCUGCUACUGCUGCUCUGCUUCGGCAAAGGGAUCUGUGCUCUCCUGGGUGAUGAGAGGACCUGGGUUCUGUGUGUGCUUUUUGCCAGAGAGCUCUUGGCUAGCUGGUGCGUGGAUAAGUGGAUUCCUAUUCUGGAGAAUUCUGGUGCUGCUAUUCUGCAUGAUUAAAUGCAAGAGUGCAAACCCAAUUCCUGCUGACAUUUGAAAUAUGCAUAUUCUAGAACUUAGUGCAGAAUUCAGAUUCCUGGGAAUCUUAGUGGGUGCAUGUGAACUUAAGAACUGGCAGCGAUUCCUGUUGUCACUUCAAGAGGGGAAAGAGUCCACCCAGUUUGCAUAUUUGAAGUGCCUCCUCUGAAACGGUUUUUAUCUAUCACAGUGGCAGAAAGGUUUCAGGAAGGAGGUGUGCUGCAUUUUGCAUUAUGUGCACUUCAUCCACCAUGGUUUCUAAUGUUCUUCUCCUGAAUUAACCUGUAACUUUGCUCUUGUCACCACUCAAUCCUUUGUCAAGUAGUUCCAAAACUUGCAGUGGCUUCGAUAUAAAUUUUAUUAUCUUAUGUGAUUCCCUACCCCCUCGAAAAAUCUUGAACAUUUACAUCCAUUUUAAUUAUUUUUGUAAUGUAUUUGUAAUUCCUUAGCAGAAUAUCUAGAGAUGUUUAAUAGGGGGAGGCAGAAUAUAAACAAGUCAGUUUGGGGAGUUGGAAGAUAUUGGGAUUCCGUGGGUUCCUAGUCUGCCUAUGGUUGAAUUUGACAUGUGUCAACAUUGAACGCGACCUAAUGCUUUCUUCCCUAGCUUGUGUGUCUUCAUGCAGAGUUUCAGUUAUGAGCAAGUGAUUCAUGGCUCAAACAUUAGAGCUCAAGGUGAAUAAAAGAGUUUGGAGUUGUACAAAAAUUGAAAGGGCUUUCUAUCAGAUAUCUUUGCAAUAGUGCUGAACAGUGGAUCAUUUGGAACUGGCCUUAUUGAACAAAUUCAGGUAUUGGGAAAUGCUUGGAUGAAUGAUUUGCAGUCACUACCUACCUUUCCUCUUCAUCUUGCUGGGAGAGGUGUGUCCCGAUUUUUAGCUUGGCCACGAAAGAGGUUUCAAUGUUGUCUUAAAACUGGGGAAAUUCUCAAUUGACUGAUCCAUCCCUUACUAGGUAUGAGAGACGUAGACCCAUUAUGUCUUCACACACAGGUAGCCUGGGAACCUAAUGAUCUAGCACUAGUUCUGGAAGCAUUCUACGAGAGAAGGUGGCAAAGCUAAAAAAUAAAUGGUACUACUCUAGAGUAAAGGAAGCAAGGGUUCCUUUAAAAAAAGGCAUCUACAACUGCUAUAUGGCAUAGUUCUUGAAACUGGGCAUAUUCCCCCCCUUUGCUUACAUGCGUACAAAUGGUUCGGUACAUGUAUGGGUGCACUGUAUACAGCUAUGAGUGCAGAAAGUGCAUGAGAGUGAGUGUCUGACUAUGUAUAUAAACAAGACAAAGCUGCAGAAACUUUGUAAUACUUUGUGAAAAUGAUUAUCUUAUGGACGUUUGUACUGUGCACAGCUACUGGAAUUAAAUGUAGGGAAUCUCAGGAACAAGCAUAAAAUUUGUCCAAGACUUAUUUCUCAAAUGUGUAUGUGCAGUUUUUAAUUCUGUAUACUAUUUAAUAUUUUACCAAUAAAAAUAAACUUCUCACAUAAAA